AUGCCAAGCGAUGGCUUCACGAUCCAAAGUCGUAUCAGGAAUUUACUGCGUUCUCCAUCAGCCAAGCACAAGAAGAACAGCAAAGAGAGUCUCACCUGCAAGGUGACUUUGGAGAAGGUGCUUGGAAUUACUGCUUCAGGAAACAGUGGUCUAGCCUGUGACCCCCGAUCUGGACUUGUGGCCUAUCCUGCAGGGUGUGUGGUAGUUUUGCUGAACCCCAAAAAGGCCAGACAGCACCACAUUAUCAACACAUCAAGAAAGACCAUCACAGCUCUGUCCUUCUCCCCUGAUGGCAAGUACCUGGUCACAGGAGAGAGCGGUCACCUGCCAGCGGUGAGACUGUGGGACGUGGCAGAACGGAGACAGGUGGCCGAACUCCAAAAUCACAAAUAUGGCGUUUCCUGCGUGGCUUUCUCUCCCAACAGCAAAUACAUUGUCAGUGUGGGAAACCAACAUGACAUGUUGGUCAACGUCUGGGCAUGGAAGAAAGAUGUCGUUGUGGCUGCCAACAAAGUGUCCAGUAAAGUGACAGGUGUGUCUUUCUCUGAGGACAGCUCCUACUUUGUAACUGUGGGGAACAGACAUGUCAAGUUCUGGUAUCUGGAUCACUGCAAGGCCAGCAAGGCCAGCGCUCCUGUCCCUCUGCUGGGCCGCUCUGGGCUGCUGGGCGAGCUGAGGAACAACUUCUUCAGUGAUGUGGCGUGUGGGCGGGGCUCUAAUUCUGACUCCACCUUCUGCAUCACCUCCUCCGGCCUGCUGUGUGAGUUUAACAGCAAGAGGAUGCUGGACAAGUGGGUGGACCUGCGGACGGGCGUGGCCCAGUCCCUGUCUCUGUCUGAGGAUAUGAUCUUCUGUGGCUGUGCUGAUGGAAUAGUGCGAGCCUUCAGCCCUGUCGACCUGCAAUUCGUCUGCACGUUGCCGCGACCGCACAGCCUCGGCUCUGACGUCUUGGCCAUCACGGAGGCCAGACACCUGUUUUCCACCAAGACCGACGCACGUUUCCCAGACGCCAUUGCUGUGACCUAUGACCCCGCCAGCCGCUGGCUCAGCUGUGUAUAUAAUGACCACAGUGUGUAUGUGUGGGAUGUGAGAGAUGUCAACAGGGUGGGGAAGGUGCACUCGGCCCUCUUCCAUGCUGCUUGUAUCGGAGAUCUGGAGAUGUUCCCAGAUGUUCCUGGGGAAUGUGAUGCCGGUCUGUCAUCAGGUGCAUUCCUUAGUUGCUCAGCUGAUAACACCAUCAGACUGUGGCGCAUGAAUGAUUCGACACAUACUCAUUCUCAGAACAUCCUCAGCCAUGAUCUCCUGAAUAUAAUCUACAUAGAUGGAAACACCAGUGCUUUGCUGGACUCAGAAUGUUUGACAAAUAUGAAUGCAGACAAACCAGGAGAUGGACAGACAGCAGAGAGCAGGACCGGCAUCAGGACCAUCUGUGUCAGUCCAGACGGCAAACACCUGGCAUCUGGAGAUCGCAACGGGAUGCUGAGGGUUCAUGACCUCAGCAGCAUGGAGGAGAUUCUGAAAGUGGAGGCCCAUGAUGCUGAGAUCCUCUGUCUUGAAUACAGUAAACCAGAAACAGGUCUGAAACUGCUGGCCACAUCUAGCAGGGACCGUCUGAUCCAUGUCUUGGAUGCUGACGACGACUACAGUCUGGUGCAGACACUCGACGAGCACUCUUCAUCCAUAACAGCCGUCCGCUUUGCUGCCAAUGACAACAAGGUGAGGAUGAUCAGCUGCGGAGCAGACAAGAGCAUCUACUUCCGCACUGCACACAAGACUGACAGAGGAACAGAGUUCAGGCGUUCUCACCACAUGGUGAGGAAAACCACACUGUACGACAUGGGUGUAGACCCCACCUGCAAGUACGCUGCUGUCGGCUGUCAGGACCGCCAUAUAAGAAUUUUCAACAUCAGCAGCGGCAAGCAGAAGAAACUGUACAAGGGAUCACUGAGUGAGGACGGCAGUCUGCUCAGGGUUCAGCUCGAUCCAUCAGGUCAAUACGUGGCCACCAGCUGCUCCGAUAAAAACAUCUGCAUCUUUGACUUCUACACUGGGGAUUGUGUCGCCACUAUGGAUGGACACUCUGAGAUUGUCACUGGGCUGAAGUUUACCAAUGACUGCAAGCAUUUGAUUUCUGUGUCAGGGGACAGCUGUAUCUUUGUGUGGCGACUGGCUCCCGAACUGACAAUCAGUAUGAGAGAGAGGCUCUGUCAGCUCAGACAAAACCCGAAUGCACCACCCUGCAAGACCUCCAGUCUCAGGCGAGAGGUGUAUAGUGCCCCCACUCUGGGCGUUCUGUCCUCCGACAGCGACCACGAGCACGAGGAGGAGGACGGAGCAGAGAACGACCACCACAAUGACCCAGAAGACACAGCAGCCAAUACUUCCUCAGACAGCAGCAAUGGAGAGGAGGACACAGGUGGCUCAGAUGAAGGACAGGACUGGGAGCUGACAAAGCAUGGAGCCGUCGGCCAGGUCACACCUGACUCCUCUAAACGUCCUCGGAGGCGCUGGUCUCAUCGUAUGGGCUCACUGGACCUGAUGGUGAAAUCCAUGUUGGACCUGAGGCAGCUGGAGACCUUCGCUCCCAAGAAAAUCCCUGCACAUGACAGAGAGAGACAAAGCUCGUCCAGCCUCCAGGAGCCUGUGUCGGAGGAGAGAGCCAAGAGGCAUCGGCCCUGGCCACAUGCUGACUGGCUGUCCUCACACCCAUCCAAGGGCAUCAGGGGGGCUGAUGGAGCCGUGCUGUACCCCGAGGAAAAAGCGGGCGAUGCAAGUCUGCAGGGCAGUGAUUACAUGGUGAAGGAGCAGCACUGCAGGAUGCAAGGACGAGGAAUCCGCAGUGAGACUAAGGAAAGCCGCAGCCCGGACAGCGCUUGCUCUCUGGGAUACGACAGCAGGGACUCCAGUCCUGAUCGUGUCCUGGAUGAUUCUGCAGAUGUGGAAUCCCUGGGCCAAGACAGCUCUGACGAGGAGAAUGAAGAGAGGGAGGAAGAGGAGCCAAAGACGGAAGUGACGAGUAUGGACGAGGCCCUGAGGACCGUGACUGACACUGCUGACUGUGGUCAAGAAGAUUCCCACAAGCAGGACUUUGAGACACUAGAAGGGAGCUGCAUUAUGGCCGAGCAGAGCAGAGUCCCUAGGCUCAGUAUGUCUUCACGCUUCCUGGCCAGAGGACAUAAUAACAGGAGCAUGCCUCCAUUUGCCAAAGUGCAUGGAAAGGAACAAGGGAGCCAUUCUGCCAAGCCCCCUGUGUCAAAAGUACGGCCCUUGAUGGAAGAUAGCCAGAGCAGAAACAUGGAAGACAAGACCCCUGUGUCCCCUGGCAGGAUGGAGGGGCCAAACAGAAUUGAUGCUUCAGAGAGCGACUGUGUCCUCAGACCCCAGAAGAAAAGGAAAAACUCAGGGUUCCACCUGUGGAGGUUGUCCAGCCCUCCAUCCAGAGCACCACUGCUGCAGGACAGAGCCACAUGUCUACAGAAAUCUCAAUCAGCCCAGAACCUGGCCUCAGACUCUCCUCACUCCCCUGUGCCCUCUGGUGACCAAAGGGAGUUGCGCAAGAGGCCUCAGCAGCUAUUCCUGGAUCAAGACACUCCUCAGCCUUCCUUCCACUUUUCUUCACCCUCCUCUGGGUCCCCUCAGUCUCCCCGGUCCCCCCUACCGUGGGACAGCCCCAAACUCAAGCCCCAGCACACCUACAUGAACCCCACCGCCAGCUCCAUGGCCAAAAGCAGCCGCUCCACCUCGCUGGGAGAGGUUAUCCCGACAGGAACUCCACCCAGCUCCCCCUCCUUCCCCAGGAACAGGAGGUCUUAUGCGGAGCCGGAGUUCGAACCUCCCGUGACCACCUCGUCUCCCGUCACCGCUUUCCCUUCUACAGUCUCAUUGUCUCUCUUACCGUGUCCUCUACCAAACAGCCGCUCCCCAACUCCUCCUCAUCUUACAGCUACAGUCUCACCCACUCCUGUUACCCAGAAUGUCCCACCCUCCCGCAUCCCGCUUCCCAAACAGCCUCUCAGUCCUCGCCGCAGCCUCUGCCUGGAGGUGCUGCCCAGCUUCAGUCGGUCUGCAGACCCUGGGUGUGAUGUCACAGGAAAGAGAGUACUGGGCAGGCAUCAGACUCUAAGUUUGGACCCUGCUUUGCCAAGUUCCCUUCCAGUGAGGCAGAAGAGAGACUCCAUCUCAGACAGUGCCAAGGAGCAAGGACAGGUGGCCGUGGCCAAAGAGUGCCCUCUGGUGCCGGAACAGGUCCACACAUCGAUCUCUGCUCCCCAGCCAGAUCACUCCAUCACCUUGGAAACUUGUAGGCAGGCUGUUAAAGAGCUUCACAACAGUCUGAGGAAAACCGCCAUGCUCUACACUACGGUGCUACAGUGUGGCCAACAGGCCAGUGAAGAACACCAAGAAAUGAGGAGCAUCCUGUCCGAGGCCCUGUUCACCGUCAAGACUGAGCUGGACUCUCUGCCUCAACCGUCCUCACAAUGUGAAAGGCCCCAAGUGGACCAGGGGGUCAAAGGUGAAGGAGACAAGGCUUUGGCUCUGCUGGAGCAGUACGCUGAGCUGCUGCUGAAGUCUGUGGAGAGGAGACUGGAUACCAAGACAUGAGGAGACGGACUGAUGUUUGACAUGUGUAUGUCCAUGCACACAUAAAAGCACUGUGAAUCUACUUGUUAUUUGCACUGAACACUUUAUUGAUAGACUGAAUGCUGAAAAGAUGUCAUUAUUUUUAGAUAGGCUGAAAGAGAUGAGUGCUGAAUGAGUGAAUGAAUGCAUGGAAGAAGAAAAAAAAUCGCCUUAUUUUUCAAGUUGCCACAGCUUUUCUUUCUCUGUUUUCUACUAAAAUAAAAAAUCGAAUUUCAUAAGUGUAAUGAAUUAUGCUGGUUAUGAAAGGAGACACCAAAUGGACAAAGAUGAUGAGGUUACAUUGAGAGCACAGGCAGUCAGAAGAUGAAUCAGAGCCUUAGCAGUAGUAAGACUCUAAGAAUAAAAAUGUUAAACUUGUCCUUGGGGUGGAAUUACAGCAAGUAGCACAGAGCCAUUCAAAUCUAAAAGGUUUAUGCUCGUGGGUGAUAUGAAUGUGCUCAGCAAUUUUCAUGGAAAUAUGUCAAUUGAACUGCUGUAUCUUCUAUCUCGCAUUUAAUAUUCAUAUUCAUGGCCAAAUGAGUACACAUUUUAAGUUCAUAAAGCAUCCAGAAUGUAAUGAAUGGGUUCAUCCUCUGGGGAACUGGGACAUGUAAAUUGUAUGACUAUCUUGCUUCUGUAGAUGUUCUUGUAUAAUUAACCCGUCUGCUUCACUAGGGACAUUUUUCGCCUUUUUAAUUAUUUCUUUUUAAUUUUGAAUCAGUGUUAUUUGGCAUGCAUUUUUGCAAGAGUUAACAGGUUUUGUGUUUUGUAUUUUAAAUAAUAAUAAUAAUAAAUUGUGCAGUCAAAAUACAGACACUCAGAUCCUUAAGGACAAAAAUGUCCCCAUUUAAACCCAAUAAAACCACAAUUUUUUGUCAGCCGUUACAGCAUAAAACCAUGCAUUCUUUUAUAUUAUACUUUCUAUCCAAAGCCCUGGCUUCAAAAUUGUGUUUUUUAUUACUUUCCACCAGAUUCAGCCAUUUCCUCAUGUUUGCCCUAUGGGCCAAAUACAUGCUAUUCUUCUGGUUUCUGGUCUCGAAGGACAUCAGAGCAACAACAAGUGAGGCACAAGGGUUAAACGAGUUGUUCUUAUUGUGACACCCAUGAUUAAUCAUGUGCUGGGGUUGCAAUUUUCAAUCAUUCCAGUUAUAAAGACAUUUCAUACCAAACCAAAGUGUUGGACGCAGCUAAUAUCUGCAUCCUCAGGCUAAACUGCUUCUGUUAGGGACCACAUAGAGAUGGAAAUGUUAAAGUAUGUUCAGGUGAGAGGUUUGAAGAUGUUGAGGUGUGAGGAUAGAAAUGGUUUUAUUGAGAUAUGAGGUAAGAGUCUGAUGAAGGACCUGGACAGAUGUUUUGUUUAGGCUGUGUAAUCUAUAUUUUUGUGCUAAUGGUGUCUCCCUAAUCACAGAGUAAUGUUGCUAUAACUAAUUCAUGUAUGUAUAUCAUAACUAGUCUGUUACAUCAUGUUCUUUUGUUCAUUUGUGCAAGUUUUCAUAAUGCUGAUUCUCAUGUUUAUGGGAUUUUAUACUAAUUCAAACUCUUGUACUGUUA